CUUGUUGAUGCACAACUCCACACGCGCUGCUUCCUUCCACAGGGAGCUCUGGAUCUAUGGCUACCGAGAUCCCACCUGAGAAAUAUGGGAAAUGUCAGUGUGAGACACACCAUGCAAAGAGCAUCCUGUAUCAGAUCCUUAACAAAGAGCAUGGAAGUGAGACCAAGUGCCAGCUGUAUUGCAGCCCCCACGACUCCACAGGAAGUAUGGGCUGCUCUUGUGCAGACAGAAGAGUUGUCCUAAAAAUGCCAGAAGCCACGUGGAGAAGAGCCUCUGAAGUGCUCCUGAAGACUUUAAAUUUCAUUAGGAACUUGCCUUCUUUUUAUCAUGUGCCUUGGGAGGAUCAGCUCGUCCUCAUACAGCAGAACUGGGCCCCUCUUUUUGUCCUGGGCAUGGCACAAGACAGGGUGGAUUUUGACCUGAGAGAGAUUUCACCCCCUAGCUUACUAAAAAAGAUCCUCCUCGAUCAGUCUUUGACACCUAGCAAUGAACUGGACAGCUCACCACUGGGAGCAUCUUUUGCAGAAGUACAGAAGAUAAGGAGUUUACUGUGGAAAUUCUGGGACCUGGACAUAAGUGCAAAAGAAUAUGCCUAUCUUAAAGGAAUUAUUCUUUUUAAUUCUGGAUGCCAUGCCCUAAAAUGUCUCCUGUAUGUACAAACACUGCAGCAGGAAGCUCAGCAAGUCUUGAUGGAGUUUAUCUCAACAAUGUUCCACAGAAACCUAAGCAGGUUUGCUUGGAUUCUUCAGCUAAUAGCCUCUCUUCAAGACAUUGAUGCAGAUGCUAUUGAAGAGCUCUUCUUCAGGCCCAUCCUAGGAGAGGCCACCCUAAAUAUAUUACUUCUAGAAACUCUGUAUAUCAAGCCAGAAUGA